CUCUGGAGGGGUUACGGGAAGAGGCUGCAUUUCUCCAAAGGCGUGUGUCAGGCAACAGGCUCAGUGCAUUUCAAUUGCGUUUUUUGUAAGGAGUUUUCAGUUAACCAGGUCUUUGAAAGUGUGGCCAAGAAAUACGAUGUAAUGAAUGAUUCAAUGACUCUAGGGAUUCAUCGCGUGUGGAAGGACAUCUUCGUGCAUAAAAUGAACCCUUCCCCAGGAACACUUCUUCUUGAUGUUGCUGGAGGAACAGGUGACAUUGCCUUGCGCUUUAUUAAUUACAUUCGCUCUGCACGGGAACAGCAGCUCCAGCGGAAGCUGAGGCACCAUCAGACUUUAUCGUGGAAGGAAAUUUCUGAGAGUUACCAGGAAGAGCAGUUUAAGCCACUAGGGGAUUCCCAAGUGGUGGUCUGUGACAUUAACAAAGAAAUGUUAAAAGUUGGGAAGCAGAAAGCACAGUAUCUUGGCUACUCUGAAGGCUUAUCCUGGGUACUUGGGAAUGCUGAAGAGCUGCCCUUUGAUGAUGAUAAGUUUGAUGUUUACACAAUUGCCUUUGGAAUCCGAAAUGUAACUCGUAUUGAUUUGGCACUUCAGGAAGCCUAUCGUGUGCUGAAACCAGGAGGAAGAUUCCUCUGCCUGGAGUUUAGUCAUGUCAGCAAUCCUAUCAUUUCCAGGCUCUAUGAUCUAUACAGUUUCCAGGUCAUCCCUGUUCUGGGUGAGGUAAUCGCUGGUGACUGGAAGUCCUACCAGUAUCUUGUGGAGAGCAUCCGACGUUUCCCCCCUCAGGAGGAGCUGAAGGCAAUGAUAGAAGAUGCAGGCUUUUUUAAAGUGGAUUAUCAGAAUUUAAACUCGGGCAUUGUUGCCAUUCACUCAGGUUUCAAACUGUGA